GGACGGACCCAGAGGAUGGAUGGAUUCCCUGUCUGUUGGAGUGGGUGGAAAGACUUACUCGACAGGUGGAGUUGACAGUUUCGAGUGGCAGCUGUCAAACUCUCGUCAGGGUGUUUAAGCUGGUACCAUGACAGGUGUCAUUCAGCUUGGCUUUUGUCGUGCUAGAAAGAAGUACUGGGUGUGUAGGUGAUAAGCAUAUUCUGCUUAUAGCCUCCAUACUCUGUCGCUAGAUGGAGGAUGUCACUUGGCGAUGGGAGGCUUGGGAUGAACAUGUAGAUAGACCUGCGGACUGUAUCUGUAUACCUCUGGUUUCUGUUCUCUGACUUGUAUCUAGUAAUCUACCCUGUAACCAGUAUCUACUAUGACAAAACUAAUCAGCAAUGAAUCAGUCAAGAUGUACCACGGACACACCAAAGAUCCAAAUCAAACCAGGAUAACCGAAGACAAACAAAUCGCAAGAACCCGAAAAUCAAAACACGGAAAAGAACUCCCAAAUUUGUAAUUAAAAUAAAAUAAAAAAUCAAUCCAAGAACGGAAUCGAAAAAGAAAGAAGAAAAAAAAGGAGCCCGACCCGAGAUGACGAGUUUCUCGGUCCACCUCGCGUGGGCGACCAUCUUGAUUAAUCUGGCUCGAUCUCCACGAAAGAGAAAAUGGGGAUGUCCCACCGAGGGACACUCAGCGACAUCGUUGAUUGGGGGGCCGGCUGAUUCGAUCGCGUUGGUCUGCCGCGGGUGUAUCCAUCCUGUUGUACUAGCAUCGCAGGGGGGGGGUUCAAUCUCAUCCCAAUCUAAUGCUGGAAUGGAAAGGGAACUGGGUUAGAACGUAGCACGCGGCUGGUUCUUGAGGAUCCUAAUCUUGGACGAUGGUCGAGUUAGAAGUAAUUAAUAUUGAUCUUAAUUUAACAGUGUGGCUCAGUCCACGUGUUGAGAUGGGACGAGC